UUUAGCGGAAGGAAAAGCAGUCUGACCUUCACGAAAUAUGAUGUCCAGGGUGGCUCAUGGCAUUGCUUCAAAUAUGCGGUCAAUACUUCCGAGGCUCGAGGCUUCAGUAAAAGGCGGCCUCUUGGCAAUUAGAAACACCAGCAAAAACACCCAUCUGACGGAGCAUUUUACGCUGGAUGAGCGUGUGGCCAACGAGAAGCUCCUGGAAUACGAGGAGGGUUCCAAUGAGCGAAUGGAACUGGAAACCGCGCUGCUCGGCGUCCUCAACAGGGUGGAGCACGUGCCCAUCGUGAUCGAUGGACAGGAGUUCCAAGGAGCCAAGGAACUACAGCAGGUUCUGCCCUACGACACCCAACAGCCCAUAGCGCACUAUGGACAUGCCCAUCGAGUCCUCAUCCAAAUGGCCAUCGACAAGAGUCUGGAGGCGCAGGUGAAGUGGGAUACGACCAAGCUGAGCGAGAGGAUUAGAAUUUGGGAGCGGGCGGCGGAGCUGAUAGCCGGAAAACAUCGCUACAACAUCAUUGCGGCCACGAUGUUGGGCCAGGGGAAAACCCUUCGUCAGGCGGAAACCGAUGUGGCCGAAUUGGUGGACCUCAUGCGAAUGAAUCCGGUGUUUCUGCGGGAACUUGCCAACUACGAACCAAACAACGGAACAUCAGGGAACUGCAGGAACUCCAUGCGUUUGAGGGGACUUUCAGGAUUUGUGGCUGCCAUUAGUCCUUUCAACUUCACGGGCAUUGCCGGCAAUCUGGCUUACACACCCGCCCUGAUGGGCAACUCGGUGGUGUGGAAGCCCUCAGAUUCGGCAAUCCUCUCCAACUACUUCGUGUUCAAGGCUAUGCAGGAGGCGGGAGUGCCCAGGGGAGUGGUGAACUUUGUGCCCGCCGAGGAGACGAACUUCGCCUCCGUUGUAACUCAGCAUCGGAAGCUGGCGGGGAUCAGCUUCACCGGCACCUCCAACGUUCUCAAGGUUCUCUGGCAGCUGGUGGCUGACAACAUCAAGUUCUACGAGAACUUUCCCCGCCUGGUGGGCGAGGGCGGGGGAAAGAACUUCCACUUCGUGCAUCCCUCCGCGGAACCGGAGACCGCGGUGGCCUGCACCAUCAGAGCAGCCUUCGAGUAUGCCGGCCAGAAGUGCUCCUCCUGCUCCAUGCUCUACGUGCCGGAGUCCCUGUGGGAGAGCCACAUUCGAGAUCCCCUCCUCCAGAUCACAGCCUCCCUGUUCGUGGGACAUGCCACGUACUGCGACUGCUUCUACUCGGCGGUGAUCAACAGGAGGGCCUUCGAUCGCAUCUACAUGUGGCUGAGAUACAUCGAACAGAGUCCGCAGUGCGAGAUUCUGAUCGGCGGCGGCUGCGACAAGCAGCGUGGAUACUUCGUUGAUCCCACGGUGGUGUUAGUCAAGGACUUGGACAACAUUAUUUGUCGCGAAGAGCUGCUGGCCCCCAUCCUGGGAGUUUACGUUUACCCGGACGACCAGCUCCAGGAGACAAUGGCCAAGGUGGCCGAGAUCAAUCACGGACUGAUUGGCUCGGUGUUCGCCAGGGAGGAGAGGUUCAUCAAGGAGGCCUACGAAGCCUUUCGGUUCAACGUGGGCAACCUCAACGUGAACGACAAGUCCACUGGUUCGAUGGUGGGUCAGCAGCCCUUUGGGGCGGGUCACAUGACUGGCACCAGCGACAAGUUGGGCAGUCCACACGCCCUGCUGAGGUGGACGUCGCCCCAGGUGGUCAAGGAGUCCUACAAGCCACAUAUGAAGAUCUACUACCCCUACAUGAAGAUCAGCGAGCAAGAGCAGGGAUUCCCUCGGAUGGAGAGCGACGAAAGCGAGACCUCUGAGAGCGAGAUCAGAGAGGAAGAGCAAGAGCGGCUUAUCUAACACCUUCGGAAGGCUUUUACACCAUUUUCCUAAAUUUAUGUACAAUAAAUUGAAAAAUUAAUAGUUUUCUAAACGA